AUGCAUAUCCCAACCCUCGUCGGGAGUCUCACCUUGACAGCCAACACGGCUUUCGCAGCCUACUCUAUUGUCAACAACAAGUGUCACUACCCUGUGUGGGUAUCGUCUGUUCAGACCACAAGAAGCGAGCUGCAGAAAAUCCAGCCAGGCGACGCGUGGUCGGAAAAACAGAAACUCGCAGAAGACGGCACGGGCGUCAACAUCCAGGUAGUCACUUCGGAAGAUGCCUUCGGCACCAGCAAACCAAUCUUGAAUAUGCAAUACUCUUAUGGAGGAGGGCUAUGGUACAGCUUGAGCAGUGCAGUCGGUCCCGCCUUUGUGGACGAAAAGGUCCGCAUCCACAACACCGAUGGUUUGCCUGUGCAGGAAAUUGUCUGGAUCGAUGACCACAGGCCAGAGAACGUCGCGUCCUACCCCAAGGGCGAGGCAAACUUGACGCUCGAGUUGUGCGAUGACUUCAAGCGACGCUUCAAGGCCUAG